CUUUUAUUUUGUGUGCCUGUAGAAGUGCUUGUCUAUUAAAUAUCUAUUUCUAAUAAUUUUUAGAGGUAGUGCUUGGACCAAUAUUCAAAAUGAAAAUAGCAAUUAUCGGUGCUGGCCCCGCAGGUCUUGCGGCUUUAAAAUACAGCAUAGAUGAGGGACAUGACUGUGUUUCUUAUGAAAAAUCUGGAAAAGUUGGAGGACUCUGGAAUUAUUCCGACAAUACAGAAGUAGACGAAUUCGGACUGCCAAUUCAUUCUUCUAUGUACUAUGGGUUGAAGACCAAUUUACCGAAAGAGUUGAUGCAGUUCGAAAAUUUUCCGUAUAAAGAAUCCGAAAGAUCUAUCUUGUCUCAAGAAGAGGUUUUGGCGUACAUUACUAGUUAUGCUGAUACGUUUAAUUUACUUCCUCAUAUAAAGUUCUUUAAGCAUGUAACUGAAGUAACCCCUCUUCCUAGUGGCAAAUGGACAAUCAAAAUUAAAGAUCUAAAAACGAAUAUUGUUGAGGUAAAAGAACAUGACGCCGUUUUCGUAUGUGUUGGGAAUUAUUCCGUCCCGAAAAGCCCGAAUAUUGAAGGCUUGGAUAAGUUUAAAGGAAAAACUAUUCACAGUCAUGUGUAUCGAAAGUCGGACUCCUUUAAAAAUAAAAGGGUAGUUCUAAUAGGAGGUGGGCCUUCUGGUGUUGACAUCUCCAGAAUAGUUGCCGAAGUAGCUGAUAAAGUUUAUGUCAGCCUCAGAUCUCAAGGCGGACCACUUGAAAGGUUUUCAGAGAAAGUUAUAAUUAAGCAGAAAAUUUUGAAGGUUACUGAAAACUCGGUCAUAUUUGAAGACAAUUCUGAGGAAAAAAUAGACGCCAUAAUAUUCUGUACAGGUUAUGUGUAUUCCUAUCCAUUUCUAUCCGCUCAGUGUGGUAUUCAGGUAGAAGAUAAUUGGGUGAAAUAUUUAUACAAGCAGGUUAUCAACAUUGACCAUCCAACCAUGGCUUUCAUUGGUAUACCAUUUCGGCUACCCCAUUACCCAUUGUUUUGUAUUCAGGUGAGAUUUUUCCUUAAAUAUCUGAAAGGAGGAUUAGUGAUCAGCAAAUCCCAAAUGCGACAAGAUUUAGAUGAAUAUAUGAAAAAGCUCAAAGAAAACGGACAACCCAUUCAGAAUGCUCAUUUCCUUGGACCUAAAUCGGCUUGGUAUAUGGAUGAUCUUGCUGACACUGCUAAAAUUAAAAGAGUUUCUCCAGUAAUUCACAAACUGUACGCUCGUUUUAGUUCACUAGGGAAGAAAAAGUUUAAAAUGUCUUUUAAGAUAUUAAAUGAUGAGGAAUUUCAGGAGAGUGAAUUGAACUAAUGUUGUCUGAAUUGACCCUAAUAAAAUUUGAAAUAAAAGAGAUUUAAGACUUUUCUU